AUGGCCCCUAACUUUCUGAUCAUUGUCGCCGAUGACCUCGGAUUCACGGACCUGAGUCCUUUUGGAGGCGAGAUUUCCACCCCCAACCUGCACAAGCUGGCUCUGGACGGCUACCGCUUCACGCAGUUCCACACAGCGUCGGCAUGUUCUCCUACAAGAUCAAUGCUUCUGUCAGGAACCGACAACCAUCUUGCCGGCCUCGGCCAGAUGGCUGAGUUUGCUAGAAACUACCCGGAGAGGUUUGCGGGCAAGCCGGGUUACGAGGGUUACCUGAAUGAUAGAGUGGCUGCGUUGCCCGAAAUCUUGCAUGACGCCGGCUACUAUACUUUUAUAUCUGGAAAGUGGCAUCUCGGAUUGGACCGUCCCCACUGGCCUGUCCAGCGCGGUUUUGAGCGUUCUUUCACGCUUCUGCCUGGAGCCGGAAACCACUUCAAGUAUUUUCCUAAGUCCAAAGAGGGUGGCGAGCCUAUCGGGUUUAUGAGGCCAUUUUAUGUGGAGGACGAUAAGGAGCUGGAUCCUUAUGAUUUACCAGAGGACUUUUACAGCACCCAUCUGUACACGGACAAAGCUCUGGACUUUUUGCAAGACGAGAAACGAGCUGGUCGGCCUUUUCUCGGUUGCUUGACCUACACUGCGCCACAUUGGCCGUACCAGGCUCCACGCGAGGUGAUAGAAAAAUACAAGGGUCGCUACGAUUCGGGGCCGGCAGUGCUGCGCCGCGAGAGAUUGAAGCGCGCGCUCGAGCUGGGAAUUAUCCCUGACGGUAUAGAACCCCAUCAGGUGGAAACUCACCGCGAUAAGCCGUGGGAAGAACUGAGCGACGAGGAAAAAAAAAUCGAGGCUCGUAUCAUGGAGAUCUACGCUGCCAUGGUCGAGGUUCUUGAUGCGGACGUGGGGCGCGUGGUCGACCACCUGAAAAAGACGGGCGAGUACGACAAUACGCUCAUUCUAUUCAUGUCAGACAAUGGAGCCGAGGGCAUGCUUUUAGAAGCCAUGCCAUUGUGGAUGGAAAAAACAGAAAACGCCAUUCGCGCACACUACAACAAUUCCUACGAAAAUCUGGGAAACAAGGACUCUUUCGUGUGGUACUCCGACCAAUGGGCACAGGCCGCAACAGCCCCAUCGUACAUGUACAAGAUGUGGGCGUCCGAGGGAGGAAUACGGUGUCCCCUGAUUGUGAGAUAUCCAAAAUUUGCCCUUCCUGCAGGUGGGGUGAGCGGCGAGUUCUGCACAGUGAUGGAUAUUUUGCCGACCGUGCUGGAACUUGCAGGCGUCAAGCACCCUGGCACGGAGUACCGUGGCCGCAAAGUGCUCACGCCAAGAGGCAAAUCGUGGGUGCCAUAUCUCAAGGGAGGAGACAAGAUCCACGACGAAGAGACGGUAACUGGCUGGGAACUGUUUGGGCAGCAGGCUCUGCGCAAGGGCAAGUACAAGGCACUGUACAUCCCCAAGCCGUAUGGCCCUGGAAAAUGGCAGCUGUUUGAUCUGUCAGCGGAUCCAGGCGAGAUCCACGAUCUGGCCGAGUCACAUCCUGUCAAGCUCAAGGAGUUGUUGGACCACUGGGUACAAUAUGUGGCUGAGACAGGGCUGGUGGAGUUCAGCUCCGGCGCGGCCACUUUAGUGGAAAUCGAAAACCACAAGCCUUAUGUUCUGAGAAAAGUGCCAGAAAAUUAG